GCUCUCCAUCCUCAACGAGUUCUUCCAGAUCAAGACGCACCAUAAUGGCAUUCGGAACGAUCUACAGCUACCCCAACAACCCUCGGGUCUCCAAGAUCCAAGCCGUUGCGAACCUGAACGGCCUCACUAUCGAGAGCGGUUCUUUCAAAUUAGGCGUCGACAACAAAUCAGAGGAGUUCCUGUCCAAGUUCCCCCUCGGCAAGGCGCCAGCCUUCACGUCCGCUGACGGGGUCAACAUUUUCGAGUCGAACGCAAUUGCACAGUACCUCGCCGAGAAUGGGCCCGCAAAGGAGCAGCUUCUUGGCUCGACACCCGCCGAGCGCGCAACAAUUCAGCAAUGGGUCACAAUGGCGGAGACGGAGGUCGCUGGCCACGUCGUUACGUGCUUCCUCCCGCGGGUCGGGCUAGUCCCUUAUAAUGCAGAGACGGAUAACCAGGCGCUGGAGAAGCUAGAGCGGACUUUGGGGGCAUUGGAAAGACACCUUGCUGGACGGACGUGGCUGGCCACGCCCAAGCAGUUGAGUCUUGCGGAUAUCGCAGUUGCAGCGUCGUUGGUCUGGGGAUUUACAUUUGUUAUCGACCAGGAGAUGCGGGCCAAGUACCCUGGUGUUGUGGACUGGUUCCGGGACGUGACGAGCAGCGAGGGUGUCAAGGAGGCAUUUGGUGAGACAAAGUUCAUUGAAAAGAGGGAGGUUCCGAAGUAA